AUGGCUCGCGUGGCUGUUCUGGGGGCGGGGUGCAUCGGCCAGUGGGUCGGUGGCCACCUGGCACUCCGCGGCGUAGAUGUGCUGCUCGUGGGCAAGGGCCUGCUCGGCCGCACAGUCGACUCCGGACGCCUCCGGCUCACGGACGUGGAGCGGGAUGCCGCAGGAUUCGACGAGUCCCUGCCGCUCCCCGGCCACCCGCACCUCGCCGCCAGCUUUGACAUGCAGGAGGCCUUUCAGUCGGAUGACUUCCUGGCUGUCUUCGUGUGCCUCAAGUUGGGCGACAACGACCUCGCGGCAUCUCUGGGCAAGUUGAAGAAGGACACGGUGAUCGUCUCGAUGCAGAACGGCAUCGGCAACAAGAAGAAGCUGGCGAAGCUUCUGCCGGAGCAUCCCAUCGUCGGCGGUAUGGUCCCCUAUGGCGUCAUUGAGGCGGGGCCGGGCCACAUGCGCCGAGCCACCUUUGGCCCGAUUGUGUUCGACGACUCGAUGCCGCCGACCCUCACAGCAGCCUUGCGAGGUGCCGGCCUGGCUGUGGAGGUGGUCUCCGAGGCUGAUGCCCAUGCGGAGCAGUGCUUCAAGCUGGUCGUCAACUGCCAUAAUGCGCUGAACGCCCUGCGCGGAAAGCCGCUGGUGGAGGCGUCAGCAGAUCGCCUCUACCGCGAGCUCAUGGCCAGUACCUGGGAGGAGGCAUUGGAGGUCCUGCGCCGCUCGGGCCAGCCCCUCCGGGGCACGAUGAACGGCAUGCCCAUGGAGCGGUACCUUCGGAUCCUCCGGCUGCCCAACUUCGCCCUGAACGCUGUGAAGCGCUUGAAGCCGGGUCUGGCGCCCGAUCCGCAAUACCACUCCUCCAUGUUCUACGACCUGGAGCAGAGAAGGCGGACGGAGAUCGAGGAGUUGAACGGGCUGGUCGUGAAGAUGGCGGCGGAUGCGGGUGUUCCGUGCCCGGUGAAUACCGCGUUGGCGCGUCUCGUGCGGGAGGCCGAGGCGGCGAAUGCUGGAAGCCCCCGACUGAGCCCCGAGGCCCUCUUUGCCGAGAUUCGCAAGGAGGCCCCGGCGCGGGAGGGAACGCCACAGACGAGGCCCUUCGCCCGCCUUUGUCCCCAGCGCUGUGCCAUGUGA